GUUUCACGCAGUCUUUUACGGAAUAACCCUGUAUUUUUGAGUAAAAUAUAGAUAAAGCAAUGACUCCAUACGCAACCGAUCAAAGGAUCUUAUCAAACACAAAUGAGGAACUGCCAAAAUUAAUAGCCCCUCGAGCAGAUGAGUGGAAAUUCAAGGUUUCAUACAUAACAGUAGCUGCUAUGACCUUCCUGCAUUUGUCGGCGGUGUACGGACUAUACUUGAGCUUUACAUCAGCUUAUUGGGCCACUAUAGCUUUUGAUCUAAUUCUCCUGGAAGCCAGUAUGCUCGGCCUGAUGGCCGGAACUCACCGCCUCUGGGCUCACCGAAGCUACAAAGCAACCUUCCCUCUACAGACUAUACUCAUAAUCUUCCAAUCCUCAGCUGGCCAGUACACCGCCCUCAACUGGGUUAGAAAUCACCGGCUACACCAUAAACAUAGCGACACUGAUGCAGACCCUCAUAAUGCUGCGAGGGGUUUCUUCUUCUCUCAUGUGGGCUGGCUGCUGGUCCAUAAGCAUCCAGAAGUUAAAAGACGGGGAGCCAGAAUAGACUUUUCUGAUUUGAUGAGCAAUCCUGUGCUAAUGUUUCAGAAAAAAUACGGCUUCUACAUCAUCGCUCUAUUAACCUACGUUCUCCCCACCCUUUGCCCGAUGUACUUCUGGAGGGAGACUUUCAACACAGCCUUCCAUGUCAACAUCCUUCGCACCAUGUUAUGUCUCAAUUUCGUCUCUCUCAUCAACAGUGCAUCUCACGCGAUCGGGAAUAGACCUUAUGACAAAGAGGUCCGAGCUACGGAAAACAUGGCUGUGAACUUAGCUACGCUUGGCGAAGGAUUCCAUAACUAUCAUCACGUUUUCCCAUGGGAUUACAGAGCUGCAGAACUAGUCAGUAAGCUUAACUGGACCACGGCGUUUAUAGAUUUCUUUGCGUGGAUUGGAUGGGCGUAUGAUUUAAAGACAGUGGAGAAUGGUGUGGUUGUCAAAAGAGCCAAGAGGUGUGGGGAUGGGACUUACGAAUAA